AUGGUCUGGCUUUAUUCGUCAGCAUGUAUCAGGAUCGUCAAUUCUCGAAACAGUACCAUCGCCCAUUCACUCUCAGCUAUCUAUAUCGUAGAUAAGGUUGGAGAGGAGAUUGUUGAUUCCUUUUGUCUUUCGAUCUGCCAUCUUCCACUUGAUCAGGUGGAAAAAGAUUAUAAAAUUUACGUUGCAGCACCUCAUUUGCACGGAAAUGGUGAUGUUAUCUGGCUAGAUUCAUCUGUAGUAGCACUGGCUCCAGUUUUCAGGGCGAUCGACGACCCACUCUACGACUACAUGAAAUAUGCAUUACAGAAUGGAUUCAACUUCCUCCCUUUGGACUCGUUGGUGGGAAAUCCAUUAUUGCUGUCAUUGAAUUUAAUCAAGGUACUGUGUCGAAGCAUAUACUCCCUUGAAACGAGCCAUCGAUUUCGUGAAUUUUUAUCAGUCACUCCAGAACUACUAGCCCCAAUUGUGAUUCGGUCAUCUCCUUUCAACUUCACCAAUGCCUCUAUCUUUGCAGAUUUUGCGUCCACAGGAAACUUGAAUUUUACCCUACAAGACGAGCGGGGAUGUCACGGUUACCUUAGUGACAUAAAGUACUUGGAGAACAUGAGCGGCGCUUUGGUGACCACCAGACAGGAUGAGGCAGUCGGACUUCUAGUUGGAAAUCUUCGCAAAAUUAAUGGCGAUGGUGACUUACUAGUUAUUGCACCUUGGGAGCGAUUGCUUCCACUUCUUCCCAACUUGAAGAUGACUACGGAAACCAAGAAUUUCGAAAAGUCAUGGAUACUGCCAACUUCAAACGCUGCCCUGACCUCGAAGAAUCCUGUCUUUCCGAUUGUUUUGUUCAAGGAUAACCGCAACUUAUCUUGGGGCUCUUGCAUCCUUCUAAACCAGCUCACUUUGGUCACCAACUUACAUGUUAUCAAGCGCUAUCGUGAGUCAACAGACAUCGUAUGUGAAGUUGUGAUCAAUGAAAGCACAUCCAUGACUAUAGGUCAAGACGAUGAGAUCAUAAUUCCAUUCGAGAGUUUGGACUUGGCAUUUAUUGUAUUGUCACCGCAAAAUAUGAUGUUGGUAUCCUCCAUUCGACCCACCAAAAUGUCCUUUUCCAACAAUUUGCAAAUCGGAGACGUUGUAACCACAUCUGGUUACGGCUUGAUCCUCAACAGAGAUCAUUUGAAAACAAUGAAAUCUAGUGGACACGUUAGCUCGAAAAUAUAUCACCAGCCCUUUGAGAGCUCGCCAAAAAUUCCUUGUGUUCUCAUAGCAUCUUCAUCAUGCUGGAAUGGAUCAUCUGGAGGAGGGCUUUUCAACGAAAGAGGAAGUCUAGUUGGACUAAUUUGCAGCAAUGCCCAAGUUUUCGUGCCCUCAGUUAACGGCAGCGUAGCAUCCAAAACUGAGAAAGUACCACUGUUCUGCCUCUGCAUUCCGUUGGAGCUCAUACUUGAGUGUUAUCAGAAAAAAGUUGUAGAAAAAGAAGAUGACGUGGAGUUGAAUAUAAAAGUGGAGAAAGCCUGGAGAUUAGAAAGCUACCACCAGGACAUAUUUGAACGCAACUCUAAGCUUUGA